AUGACUUUGCAUAAGAAUUGUUCCUGGAAUGGUAGCCAGCUGUGGAGCCCACAGCUGGUAUUGGUAUUAGGCAUCCCUCAGAUAACUCUCAACAUUCUGUCCCUGGUCUCCAAUGGGGUGGUCAUCAUAGUCAUUUUGGCAUCGCAUGACCUCCACCACCCCAUCUUCAUACUCUUUGGCAAUCUGGCCUUGUCGGAUCUUUUGUCCAGCUCAUCUGGCCUCUGGAUCUCCGUGCUAUUCCUGGUCCAUCCAGACAACACCAUUCAUGGUUCCCGUGAUCUGCUGAUUCCAUAUGCCCUUUAUGCCACCUCAAUCCUUUCCACCAUCUACAACCUGGUCAGUAUUGGUAUGGAGCGGUACCUGAUGGUGGUGGGUGGGGGACUGAGGGCUCAAGCCAGGGUAUCCAAGAGAAAAGCAAUGACUGUGGUCUUGGCAAACUGGGCCCUUGCAGUCACUCUGGGUUCACUACCUUUGCUAUCUUGGAAUGGCCUGGACAGUGGUUGCCAGCCUUCGGAACUUUACGGUCCCUUCUGUAUAGACUACCUAAUCUUCAUCACCAUCCCUCACUGUGUGGUGGCCUUGGCUCUGCCCCUUUUCAGUUACCUGAACAUUGUAUUGGUGCUGAGGAAGCAGGAGGCUGCCAUGGAGAGUCACGGAGGAGGGGGAUCCAGAUCAGCCGAGGUUCCAGUGGUCCGGACCAGCAUUGCUAUCUGGCUGCUGACUCUGGCUUCCUACGCUCCCUUCUUUGCUGGUGUUCUGGUGGAUGUGACUGAUUGCCAUUGCCCCGAGGAUCUAUAUCCUGGCUUCUUUGUGUUCCGAAAUGUAACUGCCAUUAUGAUCACCCUCAAUGCCCUGGGGAACCCUGUGCUCUACACUCUCAAGGUUAAGAGUCUGGGCAGUAAAUUUCUUCCCUUGUUCUCUAGGUGCUCUCCUACCAAUCAGAUUCAAAUGCAAGAUGUUAGGGAUGUGAGGGACAUUUAA